GAAUCAGCUCUGGCGCAGAUCAAAAGCCACCACUCUACAAACACACACAGAGCAAGCGUGCCACUUACUUUUAACAAAAAAAAAAACGAAACAAGAAGAACAACAACAACAAAACAAACAUGGAAAAAAUGUCUAGAUUGUUAAUUUUUGUGGCAGCAAUCACGCUUGCUUUGGUAUGUGUUGCAAACAGCAAAGUUUUAGCACAAACUGGAGCCCCAGAUGUUACAGCUGACUGGUGUUAUUGUAAUGAAACAUCAGAACACUGCAAACCUUGCAAAGCAGGAGAUUUUAUUGGAGAUCAAACUGACGCCACUAAAUUUUACAAGUGUGGUACCUCUGAAUGCUUUGAGACCUUCCACUGCCCAGACCACACCAUUUGGAGCCAGAAGAACCACACAUGUAUUCAUGCAGAAAGAAUCACAGUAAGCCAAUAUAGCGAAAAAUUAACAGACAACACAACCAACGUCACAGACAACACAACCAACGUCACAGAUUAUAGUUUACCGAGCACAGAUGUUAAGUCCAGCAGCCAGUCUCAAGACACAACUACAUCUGGUGGACACACUACACAACCUGCUCACAGCACACAGUCGCCAGCUAAAGAGACAACAACAGGACCAAGCCACCACAGCACAGACAGUCCAACUCACUGGUGUUAUUGUAAUAAAACAUUAUCAGAACACUGCAAACCUUGCAAACCAGCAGAUUUUAUCGGAGAUCCAACUGACGCCACUAAAUUUUACAAGUGUGGUGCCUCUGAAUGCUUUCAGACCUUCUACUGCCAAAACCACACCAUUUGGGACCAGAAGAACCACACAUGUAUUCAUGCAGAUCUUACGACCUUCAUGCCAACGUUGUCAUCCUACAGUCCAGACUUUAACAGAUCAACGCCACAUGUUACUAAGACCCCAUUACAUAGCACGACUAGCAAAGAUCUUAGCACUCCUGCUACAACUGAAGCAACUUCGAGCACAGGACACCCAAGCUCCACUGCCGUUCCUCACACGUCUCUACCCCACACAGACACUACAGAGAAAAGUACUUCUGUUAUAUCUACUGAACAUUCUCCUUCAAUCACAACCGCAAGACUUACCACUGCACAUUUAAUAUCAACAACUGAUGUUCAUACGGAGACCACAGAUCACAAGACAACACACACAGCCAGCACACAUCAUGAUGUUACCACUACUGCCCAUGGGAACCAUACAGAUGAUCCAACACAGUCUACAAGUUCUCCAGGUAACCAUUCGACUGCUACACCUGGAAAUCACACAACACCCACUCCUGGAAACCACACAACACCCACUCCUGGAAACCACACAACACCCAUUCCUGGAAACCACACAACAGCUACUCCGGGACAUGAAACAACUAACCACAAGACUACAGUCACAAGCAGUGUAGCGCCGGGUACAACUGAAAAGAGCUCAUUUGAUGGUGGUUCGUUUGGUGGUGGAAUUGCAGCAGGCAUUGCUAUUGCAAUCUUGCUUCUGGCUCUCAUCUAUCUCUUCUACCGUUUCCGUAAACCUACACCAGACUAUGAACAGUUAUAAGGUAAACCGUGUGGCACUUUUGCUCAAAAAACUUCACUGCUGACACUUAUUGCCUUCCAGUCAAUGCUCAAGAACAAGAUGAUUUGUUAAAUUUUAUACAUGAAAGGUUCUGGUGAAAAUUUGGUUGGUAAAAAAAAAAAACAAAAAAAAAAUGAAAGAAAGAAAGAAAGA